AUGAAUAUCCCGUCGCAAAACUUCUCAGUGGGGUCUGUCAGGCAUCUCUCAUUUUCGUCUGACGAAUGGUCACAGGCACCGGUUCAUGCUGAUGCUCCUAGACCACAACUACCCAUCGCCAAGUCGAGUGACCUCAAUGCAUUGCAUUUAGACUCAUCUGCAAAUGAACAACAAAAAUUUUUGGACUUUCAUUCUAUGUCAUCGCGAAGUGCUGCAGGGCUUCACCUCUCCGCGCUAGCGCCUCCAGGUCCUACUGAUCAUUUGCCGAUCGGACUUGGUUUGAGUCCUUCAUCGACCAGUGCGAAUAGCGAGCAGAAUUGCCGAUCUUCUCCCAUCCAGCCAACUACAGUUCCUACACCCUCUUUGGAAACAUCGGUCAAUCCGUUUUCGGCGGUCGACUUGGCUCACGCUUCAGCACAUCCGCCCGUUACUCCGGGGGGGCACAACAUGCCUUUGUCCAUGGCUUCGUCUACGACUAUAUCGAAGGAUCCGCAAGAGCACGUAGGAUACGUCUCACCGAAACAUAUGCAACGCUCUAAGCAACUGCUUCCUGAUAUUGGCGCGUCCAUCGACGAACUAGCAUCCGCAGCGGCUGAUGCGCGCGUUCAUUUUCACGGUGGUCGCUUUGAUACAUGCAACGAGAAAAUCGACUCUAUCAAGCAGCUGAUCAAGCGCAUCGCUGAGAUGGGCAUGAUUGGCUUGACGCUGUCGACAGAGACGCAGCACAUGAGGCGCCAUAGCACAUCAGCGCUGCCAUACGGCUCCCUGAUGUCGCCUGAUGAAGAAAAGCAAAUUGGCUCUGCGGCGACGUUUUCUGCGCUUGCAGAUGAUGUCGAGUCCAGGAAGCGUCGCCUCAAUGGUGAGCUGCACCAAGAGCAUCCUUUCAAGUCUCAACGCGGCGCUCAGUCGAAUGCACCGUCAACGCGCUCCCGCUCGCGUUCAGACUUGUCCGACUUCUCGAAGGCGAUCUCAAGCACGGAGCCACAUUUUAACGCUGGUGCUGUAUUUUCACCAAAGCUACAUUCAAACGUUUUUGAUUUCAAUGUCCCUCAACCGGCUAGUCUUUCUCAGCGUCAACAACCUGUGCAUCCCCAGACCGCGUUCUCAGACCACACGAAUGCACCCCACGAUGUUCAAGGUGUGCCGUCGACGACGUCAAACCCAUCGAGUAUUCUCCACUCACAAUUAAUGCCUUCAAGUCCUCAGAACAAUGUAACGAAUGCCAGUAGCACAUCCGUGCACGGCACUAGGCCGUUAAAUUUUGCUGCCACGGCAAGUACAGCGACAUCGUCUGGAAAUGAGAACUCGAUGCAUCAUGUUACAUCUACCCCACAAGCUAUGGACAUGACGCUCAAGAGCGGAUCUCACAAUGCAUGGACUCCAUCAGAUUCAAUCGGCGAGCUCAAACCAUCAUUGCACUUGGAAUCGUUACCUAUGCCGAACAUGGCGGAUUCUUCACUGGAACCAACAACGCCUGGGUUAAAGGAGGCCCCUCUGCAACACGAUGACGCAAAUGAAGCGCUCAACGACCGUUCUAACCUGGGUGGGCCUGAGCUUUCAGCCGAACUUCGUUCCGUGUACGAGGAAACGUUCCACGAAUUUUUAACGUCGCUCUGCUCAAAUCUAGAAGCGAAGGACGAACGUGGCGAACUGAUUCACCAGACACUUAUGCCUAAGAAGAUGGCUCGUUUGGAUGAGUCGCCUGAUUUCCGGCCUUUCAAGUUUCGUAUUCAGGCAUUCACCAACGCAUUCCAGUCGGAGCUUCAGCGCCGUGGCUUGUCUGAAGAUGACUUGUCUAUGCGCAAAAUUAAACUCUUCCUUUGGACACAUCCAUUUAUUUCGCGUUUCAAUGAGGAUGGCAAAAAAGCGAAGUCGAAAGGCAAUCACAUUUGGAUUAUUGAAGCCCGACGCUUACCUGCUGGGCGUUGGGAGUUUUUCACGUUCUCGCCGAAGAUUGCGGCUGCGCCAAGUAAUGUGGCAUACGUGAAUGAGCCGUGGACAUGGAAUCUACGCAUCUGGGAUCCGCAGAUGUCCAGUGGAAGCGUCAAUGUAGCGUUUUCAGCGAAUGCGAUGCCAUCUUGGCUGCACUGGGAAGACGAAGACAAAGUCAUGACUGGCGUCCCACAUCAUUCCUCGCAAGGUGGAUAUGUGAAUGUGUCAGCGGUUUGCAUGCAUCUAGGCGAGCUCCAUCAUCUGGAACAUUCCUUUUACUUACAUGUGGCUGAUCGAUCUGACCCAAGCCGGCUUGAACCACCGACGUCACAAACAGGGGGGGUUCCUGAUGAACAAACAGCGCCAGCUUCUUUGACGGACCUAUUUUCCCCACCAGUUUCAACAACGCCGCAGGGCGCGGCAGUACAGCCACCGAAAAAUGAUGCAUUGUUGCCACAAGGAGUAUCAGUGCCAAUGUCGAUCCCGAUGCCAUCGGCAGCACAGGGUCACGGGCAAGGGCAAGCGCAGCAAGGUGCGGGACCAACGCCAGGCCAAGGAUCAACGACGGCCCCGGGAUCAGCGUCUAUGCCGCCAGGACUAGGGUCUGGGCUCGGCCACAUCCAAAUGCCAGCGCCGACACACGAUCAAGCUAAUACACAUGUUUCAACGCCAGUCCACACACAUCCUCCACCACUGACGACCGAGGGCACAAGAGAGACGACCGUGCCAAUGACUGGACAUGUUCAGGCAUUGUCACAGCCACAGGCACAUGCGCAACUCCAGAUGCAGUCCCCGACCCAGGCAGUGACGCAACCUGCAGCGCAGUCGCCGUCGCAACUGCCGUCAUCGAUGUCGUCCCGACAUGGCGCUUCUGUGCAAGACUCACAAAAGUACGACAUGUUUGACCCGUCACGACCGUCACACGAAUUGCUUCCGUCAAUGCCAUUUCCAUUCACUCCACCGAUCUUUAUGGAUAAGCAUGUGGGCCCGACCGGGGCCUCCGGUAUGGACCCCAACGCGUUGCAAUCGAGUCAUCCACCAGACUCGUCUCACAAUGAAACACUCUUUACUGCUUCUUCGAAUCCUACAUCUGCUGUAUUCAUGGAUAAGACACCAGUUGCAAAUGCUCCGGUACACACACCAGUCUUGCAUAGCACAUCGCCUGUGUCGACUCUCUCCUCAACAGUACACACACCUGCACUGGGAGGCAGCUUUUCGCCUCAAGGACCAGAGCAUGACACACGUCCGAUGAUGCAGAUGUGGAAUCAUAUCGAUCAACGACAACGUGAACAAGCAUCGUCUUUCAUGUUACUUAUGCCUCAGCGACCCCAAUCAUUCACACUAAACGAACAUCCAGGUCAGGGCACACCUAUUAGCAACAUGCCGAAUGAUAUGAAUGCCACACUACCAUCAGUAAAUCAACAUCACCUUGCCUCUUGA